UCCUCUUUUGCGGACCAGACCUCUCUGCUCACUGAACUGCAACACUCCUCGAAAGCAUCUCUAUCCCUAACUGACGAGCUUCUCAAAUGCUGUGUCCGCGAGACAAAGGGUGUGGCUCUCCCACCGGUCGUGUCGGCUAUUGAGGACUUCUUCGACGAUCUGUCCGCUAAGUGGGUGAACGCUUUUGAGGUGACCGGCUCCAACCUAAUCAAGGAAGACAAACGCGCGGGUUAUGCUCAGGCUUCUGGUCUGAGCUCUGUUCUCACUCUAGUCUCAGCCACAGGUACGUCCUGA